AACAAGUUGGCUGGAAUGAUCCUUGUUUCUAUUAUCUUCUUGGACCAAUUGUUGGAUAUUAUGCUAAUUUCUUGGUUUCAUCAGAUUUUGCAACAAAUAAGAAGUGACGUAGCCUUAUUGACAUUGCAAGAUGGUGGCCCACCUAUUCAAAAUCCUUCUACUGCUGCUGAAGAUGCACGAUUAGCAUCUCUCAUUUCCCUUGAUGGCAUAGUGAAACAAGUCAAGGAUAUAGUGACACAAUCCUCUAUGAGCACCUUGAGCAAGAGUAAGAAGAAGCAAAUGCUUGCAUCUCUAGAUGAACUUGCUGAACGGAUGCCUUCCCUUCUUGACAUUGAUCAUCCAUGUGCGCAAAGGCAAAUUGCUGAUGCUCGUCAUGUGAUCCAGUCUAUUCCCGAAGAAGAUGAUCACCUUCAGGAGCAAUCUCAUGCUCUCAAACCAUCUACAGAUUUAGGGUUUGGUACUGAAACUGACGUGGCACAGUGGAACGUCCUGCAGUUCAAUACAGGCGCUACAACGCCAUUUAUCAUCAAGUGCGGAGCAAACUCUAAUUCAGAACUAGUCAUUAAAGCAGAUGCCAAGAUUCAAGAACCUAAAGGGGGUGAGGUUGUGAGGGUUGUCCCAAGACCAUCUGUUCUGGAAAGCAUGAGCUUGGAGGAGAUGAAACAUGUAUUCUCCCAACUCCCUGAAGCUCUAAGCUUGCUUGCCUUGGCAAGGACUGCAGAUGGAACGCGAGCUCGUUAUUCUAGGCUGUACAGGACUUUAGCCAUGAAAGUGCCGUCGUUGAGGGAUUUAGUUGGCGAACUUGAAAAGGGGGGUGUCCUAAAAGAUGUGAGGUCAUAAAGUGCAGAAAUCUGUCAGGCUUCAUGAUUUGCCUUGCCUUUAUGAUGUAUUAUAAGAUUAUUUCAUUUUGGGUUGUCCAAUAUUUGUUGAGCUGUGAAUCUGUGAUACUCCACGCAUCAUCUACACGUACUCAUGCAUGCACAGUGAUACCCAUCACUGGCAUAUAGCAAUCUCUCUCUAUUUUUUCAUCCUCUUUA